GCUGGGGACGCUUUCUUCGGGGGGCGGUGGGUUUGAGCUGAGCCGCUCCGGGACCCCGGUGGUUGGGGCGAUCGAGGAGGGUGGCCUACGGGUUCACGCAAAGGGGAGGGGACUGAGAACUUAAGCCCGCCUCACCCCGGAGCGGCCUGGCUGCUACCAUGAGGUCAAACGAGAACACCUUGCUGCUGGGGAAGAAGGUGGUGCUGGUACCCUACACCGCAGAGCACGUGCCUAGGUACCACGAGUGGAUGAAAUCUGAGGAGCUGCAGCGUUUGACCGCCUCCGAGCCACUGACACUGGAGCAGGAGUAUUCGAUGCAGCGGAGCUGGCGGGAGGACACGGCCAAGUGCACGUUCAUUGUGCUGGAUGCAGAGAAGUGGCAGGCCCGGCUGAGCACCACUGAAGAGAGCUGCAUGGCGGGAGAUGUAAACCUCUUUCUCACAGAUCUAGGGGACCCUUCCCUGGGGGAGAUUGAGGUCAUGAUCGCAGAGCCCAGCUGCAGGGGCAAAGGCUUUGGCACCGAGGCUGUUCUCAUGAUGAUGUCAUAUGGAGUGACCAAACUAGGUCUGACCAAGUUUGAGGCUAAAAUUGGGCAAGGAAAUGAACCGAGUAUCCGGAUGUUCCAGAAGCUGCACUUUGAGCAGGUGGCCGUGAGCAGCGUCUUCCAAGAGGUGACGUUUAGGCUGAUAGUGAACGAGCAUGAGCGGCAGUGGCUUCUGGAGCAGACCAGCCAUGUGGAAGAGAAGUGCUAUAGAGAUGGGUCGUCGGAGUCCCACUGACAGCUGGCCUUGUUGGCAGCCACCCUGUGUGAAUGGGGGUGUUGGGACCACGCAGUCCAAAAGCCCAGAGCCCUGUAACAGAAGGUGAACUGUCGGGGCCUUUGGGGCAUAGUGCCCCUGGCUCCUCUGUAGCCUGGGACUCUCCUUGUGGGGCCCUUCAGACUCUGGGCUGGACUUGCCUUGGCCUCCCUCAGCCUGGCCACGUGGAUGAGUGACUUCAGGGCCAGCCCAUCCUCCUGGCCAGCCCUGGACUCCUGGAACCUGGUGUGGACAGCGUGAAUCCCCAGGAGGCAGGGUGGAGGUGGGAGCAGAGGCAAAUGAGGGCCUGGUGAAUGGAAGGCCAGAGGUGCCACCCUGGGGUGGAGGCCCUGGCUAGGAGUAAAGCCUACUGCACAGCACCUUUCCCGGCUUUUCCUUGGGCCUAUGUGCAGGUGAGCCACCAGAAGGCGCAGCCUGCCGCAUCCAGUCCAGCGUGGUAGGAUCAGGGCAGGAGGAGCUCAGUCUGCUUUUGUCCUGCAGAAGCAGGCUGAGUGUGACCCCAAGAAGUUUGGAAGUGAACGAGCUAGGCCCUGAACAACAGGUGGCUUGGAAACUAAGUGGGCGAGUAUCCUCGUUCUUGCUUCUUCCUCCUCUUUGGAUCCAAGAGUGUUUUGGAUGCAGCUCCUUGUGGCUGGAGCACCCCUCUAUCGGUGAAGCCUGGAGCCGCUGCUUUUUUGCAAGGGCUGCAGGAGGAAGCAGAAGCCACUCAGCAGUACUUUUCUGAAGGGGGGGGGACCUGUGACCUCCCAACUUGGCCUCAGCCUCUGGGAGCAGCUGUGCCUGACAAAGCCACAAGGGGGCGCCGGAGGCACAGGUUUGGGAAGGCGGGGCUGCCCAACAACAGGAUACAGGACACCCCUUGAUUCCCAACUGUCCCAUCAUAAUCUCCGUGGCCAUUGAGAGGCCAGAUAUGUUUCAAAAUGUAGUCAUGGAAGAGACCCUCGAGGGUACUUGGUAUUCUCAAAGGGGGGAAACCUUCAGGUGAGUUGCAGUGAUUUGCUCAAGGUAGCGGAGCCAGAACUAUUGCUGGGGUCCUCAGUUCCCAGCCUCCCCCCCACCCCAUCUGGCAUAUUCCAACACUUCUAUGUAGGUGAAAAACUAGAUCUGACUUUGCUUGCUGAGUACAAAGGGGUUUGUUGUGUGUCUGGCCCCUCAGUGAUAAGGAGUUCCGUCAGCUUCGUCAAGAGGCCCCCACGGCUUCCCCACCCAACAGGUGAGGUGGUGGGGGGGUCCCUCUGCUGCCCCGUGGAGCAGUCUUUAGGCCUGGCUUACCUGUGAGGGGCUUCCACGAAGGGUCACAAGCUAGAGGCAAGGUUGGGAGGGGGUGGGCCAGGCCCGAGGCCAGGGUGCGAUGAAAGGGUUUUGAAUGGUUUCUCUUAAGGAUGGUGGGAAUCUAAGCUCUGACAGGAGGCCAAGAUGACCAGAUAGUGAUCCAGCCUUCUCUGAACCGUAGGGGCUCCCUGGGUCCUCUUUGAUUAUCGGUCUCCUUGAGCAUCAGUUUCCCUUCCUUCCCUCCAAGCACCUCUGGGCCUGGCAGCCUCAGCCCUUGAUGGCCACCCUGGCCGACUUCCAGGAUGUGGCCUCAGGUACCAGGGGUGGAAGAGACCUGGGUCUCUUGAGGAAUAGCAGGGUAUUUUGCCCUUGGAAAGUCCCUUCCACCCCACCUGCCACAGAACACGUCCUGGACCACAGCCCUCUGGUCAUGUCCACAGCCAGAUAAGAUGGGGAAUCCAGUGCGAGCUCUGGACACUCCUGGGGAUCCCGCACCCCACUGGCUGUGAGUGGGAGAGAUUAAAGCCAUGUCUUUGCAUUCCAAAUGCAGCUCCAUCUGGGAUUCACAAUUUCAGUGCUCUGAAUUAGAAACUGCAUGAAGUCCUCUGAGCACGUGGAUCUUCCCUUCCACUUCCUACAAUAAAGGUUUCUCAGGGGCAGCCUUGCAUGCAUCCAGGAGCUGGGCAGGUCCUACUGCCAUGGGACCUGUGCAAAGCCCAGGCAGCUACGGGGCCCAAGGCCCUCUGAACGCAGCUGCCCACAUUCUACUCCCCGCCCCUGGAGUCUGAGAAGCUUGGACUGUCCUCCCCUCCAGCUGUACCCCACCCUCUCAGCCAGAGGCUACCCUGGGAACACCCAGAGCUCUAAAAGAAGACACAGAGGCUGAGGCAGUUUGGAAGCCAGUUGAAUUUCUGGAGUUUCCUUACAAUAGGGUGGUUGGGCAGGAGUUAGACCGUCUCCAUGCUGCCUGGGGCUCCAGGGUAGGAGCAGAAACAAAGUUUAAGGCUGAGGUUGCCGCUAUGUCCUGGAUGCAACAACCUGGGAAAUCAUGUUAAAUCAAGGAAAUAAAAAAUCCCUCUAAACUCUGAUACUGCACUCAAAAAAAAAAAAAAAAAA